AUGGCUUCCUCUUCGGCACACUUCACCUUCUCUCCCCUCCUAUCUCUCUCUAGAACCUCAUCCCGCGCGACCCGAAGCUUCCUCAACCUGAGAACCGCACGACGUCGUUCGGUGCAGAUUCGAGCUGCGGCGGAGGACUUAGUCGGCGAUUUUGGGGCGCGGGACCCUUUCCCGGCCGAGAUCGAGAGCAAUUUUGCGGAUAAGGUGUUGGGGAAUGUGAGCACUGAGCACAAAAUUUUGAUCCCAAUUGCGUCGGCGCUGUCGCUGGCGCAGCAGGAGUGCGCCCCGAUUUCACAGCUUCAGCAGCCCAUGUCCGAGGACGAUGCCAAAAAGCUUAUGUUCAAGGUUGUAGGCUGGAGACUUGUGAACGAAGAAGGCGGUCUACAGCUGCAAGGUGUGUGGAAAGUUAGAGAUACUAAAUGUGGGGAAGAACUUAUAAAUAGGAUCACAAAGGCCGUGGAGCAUACGGGCCAUCUUCCGACUCUUCAUUUGGAGGCACCCAAUCAAGUUCAGGCUGUAUUGUGGACAUCAUCAAUUAGUGGGUUGAGCAUGAACGACUUCAUUGUGGCAGCUAAAAUCGACGAGAUAAAAGUAUCAGAUCUACAGCCUAGACAAAGAGUUUGGGCAUAA